GCACAGCAGUUCACGAGCCGACGCGAGCGCGCGCAGACAGCAAUGGGGCUCAGCAGCACGAAAAGAAAGAGUUUCGUAAACCGUGGAUAAUCUGAUCGAUUACUAUAGCGAUGUUAUCGCGAGCCUAAAGACGCGCGAUUUCUCUUUAAGUCGGACGUUUUUAUAAGAUUGUGACAAUAUAAACAGCUUUGCGAAUCUUCAGACGUCAUCUGGAAGCGUGGAUCUGUUGUUAUUGCCGUACUGCCCCUGCAGCAGAGCCCGGGGAUGAUGUUGUCCGUUCUCUCGUACGGUAGACUCGUGGCACGGGCGGUCAUCGGCGGACUCUCUCAAACCGACAGCCGCGACUACAGCCUCGUGUCCGCCAGCUGCGGCUUCGGAAAGGAUUUUCGGAAGGGGAUCUUAAAGAAGGGCAUGUGUUAUGGGGAUGACGCGUGUUUUAUAGCGCGACACAGAUCUGCCGAUGUGUUAGGUGUAGCUGAUGGAGUGGGUGGCUGGCGUGAUUACGGUGUUGAUCCCUCUCAGUUCUCUGGGACCCUCAUGAGGACGUGUGAACGUCUGGUUAAAGAAGGACGAUUUGUGCCGAGCAAUCCUGUGGGAAUCCUCACCACCAGCUACUAUGAGCUACUACAGAACAAAGUACCGCUGUUAGGAAGCAGUACCGCAUGUAUCGUAGUGCUGGACAGACAGAGUCAUCAGCUACACACAGCCAAUCUGGGAGACUCUGGGUUUCUGGUUGUCAGAGGAGGUGAAGUGGUCCACCGCUCUGAUGAACAACAACAUUACUUCAACACACCUUUCCAGCUAUCUAUUGCCCCUCCAGAGGCAGAAGGCUCUGUCCUCAGUGAUAGCCCGGAGGCUGCAGAUAGCUCGUCCUUUGACGUCCAGUUGGGUGACAUCAUACUCACGGCUACAGACGGUCUCUUUGAUAAUAUGCCGGACUACAUGAUCUUACAAGAACUCAAAAAGCUCAAGAAUACCAACUAUGAAAGCAUCCAGCAAACGGCCAAGAGUAUUGCUGAACAGGCCCACGUUCUAGCAUAUGACCCCAAUUACAUGUCCCCUUUUGCACAGUUUGCCUGCGAUAACGGCUUGAAUGUCAGAGGAGGAAAGCCAGAUGACAUCACUGUACUGCUGUCCAUUGUAGCGGAGUACACAGACUGACACUUUUAAGGGCUGUACAAUGUUUCGUCUUCCUUGCAGUCACUGGAUAGGCGGCUGUUUUCCUGCUGGCAGGAUUGAGGGCUGUGUGAACCGUACUGUCUAUGGCAGAGCCCAUCUAUUGGAUGGGUCAUUCUGAUGAUGUCAUCUCCUUUUGUCAGCAGGCUCCUGACAAAGUAAAAGUUCACCUUUAUCAUCUUGAUAAAGACUGCUGUAGUCGUUGUUCCGUUUCUCACUUUCGAUUGUCUUGACAAGGGCUGCAUCAAAUGUUUGAGGACAAAGUAUCAUGACGAUGAAAAUGGAGGUCCAGUAAUCAGGGAAAAGCAAGGAAUAACAAUCAGAUAAGGGAUAAACAUUCCCCCAAAAAGAAAAAAGUUCACAUCAGGAUGGCAGCAUAAAGCCAAUUUUAGAUCUCUUUACUCUGGGGAGUGUAUAUUUUUUGCAAAAGGUCAAGGGAGAUACCCUCACGUCUCUUGCAAUUUUGCCUGUUUACUUUCCGUUUUAAAAGACAUCUGAUCUGCAUGUUGUGGACCGACAUCUGUUGUGGGCUGGGAUGGCAGCUGAAAUGUGAGGCACAACCAAUUCUUCACUAGCUAACGAACUGUUUGUAUUUUGUGGUGCGUUUAAACGGUCAUGUAACUUUGCAGUACCCGAUCGAUUGUAACGUUUAGCAACAAAAAAUAGCAUUGAAGUUAAUGAUCAACCAUAGAAAUGCCUUUUUGUAUGACAAAACAAGUGAUGACCAGUAAAAGAGUCUUACGUUUGACUCGAUAAUAAGAUAAAAUACUGCAACACACCUCAUCUGCAAGACAAGGCAAGACAACUCUUUUCCUUUUAUAUUCAUUAAUUAUUAAAACAGUAUUAGUUCCCUGUUUUCGGUUUUCAACAUAAUUAUAGCAAUGCAAGAGACUGCAAGGGAUUAUGGGAUGUGUUGAGCAGAAAAAAAACAGUCCCACUUAAACCACUUUAAAGAGGUUCACAUUUUUGUGGUGCGUAUGUAAGUAAGCGAAAGAAACGUUUAUGAGAUGUAGAUAUUUGGGAAAACUGGCUGUAUAUUUAUUACUGAAAUGCAUUUGGAAAGUGUAGAUGAGAAUAUAUUUGAUAUUUGUGUGGAUUCUGUGUUUAAACAUUUCUUGCUCUUUUUCUAGUAAACUUUGAAAUAUCACUCGAGAUGUUUACGCACAAAGCUAAUGCUAGCAUCUGUGAAUGCUUUCAUUGGGUAUGUGAUGGAUCACAUGAUCUAAUAAAGUUAUAUUUUUUAUAACUUC